AUGUUUCAACGACUUAUAUUGUCUCACUCAAAAAACACUUUAAUUUCCCCUGCUUCUAUAUUCUCUCCGCGGUUUCUUCACUAUUCGCAAUCAUUAAGCCGAAACGAGAAAAAGGGGAUAGAAAAUGAAACAUAUUUCGAGACUCCACCCAAGUCAGAUACUAUAAUACCAACACCCUUGGCUUCAGCUUUUCGUAACAUGUAUGACGAUUCCGCAAUAAGAGCCACAACCUUGAUCAAAACAAUAAAAAAGGAUGGAUUCGUAACUACAGAUAAUAUAUAUUUACGUGGACCUGUUUUAUUAUUGAAUGGUUAUGCAUUUUUGUGGGAUGUGCCUCAGGACAAAGAACGCAACUAUCCUUCUUCGCCUUUCGAAAAUUGGACUCCAGAAUGCUUGAAAAUCUUCGAAGUGAUUGUACCAAAACCUGAAAUGAUAAUCUUUGGAACUGGAAGCACCCUUUUACCACUUCCGCAUUCACUUCGGGAUUAUAUACGUAGAUUAGGGAUGCAACUUGACAUGAUGAGCACAAAUAAUGCUGUAGCAAACUUUCGGUUCUUGUCUGAGGAGGGAAGACGAGUAGCUGCCGCACUAUUACCCUUGACACCCACUAGCGCUCGAUCUGGUUAA